CCCCUCCCUACCCCCCACCCCCUAAAUGCGAGAUGCUUGGCCAAAUGAAAUUAAGUCGAGUGAAGCUGCUCGUGUGCGCGCGUCUCGGAGAGGAAACAUUCACCUGCUCCUGCAUCCAAGCGGGGGGGAAAAGCGAGCGGGAAGGUCGUUGUUGAAGGUGCGGGAGGCUGCGUGCGUGGAGCAUGCUUCCGGAGGAAGGGAGCAUCUCAUACCGGCAACAUCUCCAAGUUUUGUCGGCGUGAUAUUUUGCGUGUCAACAUGCCUGUCAGAAGAGGACACGUCGCCCCACAGAACACAUUUCUUGGAAUCAUUAUCCGGAAAUUCGAGGGUCAGAACCGCAAAUUUGUCAUAGCCAACGCCAGAGUGGAGAACUGUGCCGUCAUUUACUGCAACGAUGGCUUCUGCGAGAUGACCGGCUUCUCCAGACCGGACAUCAUGCAGAAGCCGUGCACCUGCGACUUCCUCCACGGCGACCACACGGACAAGGAGGCCAUCGAGCAGGUGGCCCAGGCCGUGCAGGGCUCGGAGGAGCGCAAGGUGGAGAUCACCUACUACCGCAAGGAUGGCUCAGACUUCCAGUGUAAUAUUCACAUCAUCCCCGUGAAGAAUGAGGAAGGCGUUGUGAUGAUGUUCAUCCUGAAUUUCGAUUACGUUUUGGACGAGGGAAGUGACAACUCCACAGAGAAGAUAAGCCCCGCCUCUCCCACCAAGUCUGAUCCGAGAAUGAGUCGAUUCUUCCGUUUUCGCCAGGCCGCUUUGAGCCUGAUGAAUACCAACAAGCAAUCUCUUCCGCAAGAAGACCCAGACGCUGUGAUGGUGGACUCGCCCAAAGACAACGAGGACUCGGUGGCCCUGCAGAGUUUCCCCUCGCCCACCAAGAGCAUUUGCAGUCCCACGGAGGCCAACGACACACAUGCCCUCAUCAGCUCCAGCCACCACUCCUCCCAGGCCAGCCUGGCUCCUGAACCCCUAGACCAUUCAUCCCCCAAACUCCCGUGGGAAAAGCUGUACCAGACAGAGGUGCACCAGUCGUCUACCUCCCUGUCCAAUACCUUCCCAAGAGGAAGCAUCAGCAGCAUGAGGCGAGCGUCGUCCGUCCACGAGAUCGAAGGCUACAGCUCCAGUUCAAAGAGCAUACUCAGGGACCGUCACACAAAUGAAGGUCCAUUUAAUCACGUCAAGUCCAGCCUGCUUGGCUCAACGUCUGAUUCCAACAUCAACAAGUACAGCACCAUCAACAAGAUCCCUCUGAUUGCACUGAACUUCACCGAAGGGAACGACAAGAAGAGCCACUCGCCGCCGACAUCUGAGAAAACCAUCAUUGCUCCCAAGGUCAAAGACAGAACGCACAAUGUGACAGAAAAAGUGACACAGGUCUUGUCUCUGGGGGCCGACGUGCUGCCAGAGUACAAGCUGCAGACAAACCGCAUCGACAAGUUCACCAUCCUGCACUACAGCCCUUUCAAAGCUGUGUGGGACUGGCUCAUCCUGCUGCUGGUCAUCUACACGGCCAUCCUGACGCCGUACUCGGCCGCCUUCCUUCUCAACGACCAAGAGGAGCAACGCAGGCGGGAAUGCGGAUACUCGUGCAGCCCCCUCAACGUGGUGGAUCUCAUCGUGGACAUCAUGUUCAUCAUCGACAUCCUCAUCAACUUCAGGACCACUUACGUCAACCAGAACGAGGAGGUGGUGAGCCAUGCGGCCAAAAUAGCCAUCCAUUACUUCAAAGGCUGGUUCCUUAUAGACAUGGUGGCGGCCAUCCCCUUUGACCUGCUCAUCUUUGGCUCAGGAUCAGAUGAGACCACCACUCUGAUCGGCCUCCUGAAGACAGCGAGGCUGCUGCGCCUGGUGCGAGUAGCCAGGAAGCUGGACCGCUACUCGGAGUACGGCGCCGCCGUGCUGAUGCUGCUCAUGUGCAUCUUCGCCCUCAUCGCUCACUGGCUGGCCUGCAUAUGGUACGCCAUCGGCAAUGUGGAAAAGCCUUACUUGGAGCACAAGAUUGGCUGGCUGGACAAUCUGGGCGUGUCCAUAGGGAAGAGAUACAACUACAGCGACCCCGGCUCCGGCCCGUCCAUCAAGGACAAGUACGUCACGGCGCUCUACUUCACCUUCAGCAGUCUGACCAGCGUGGGAUUUGGCAACGUUUCCCCAAACACCAACUCUGAGAAGAUCUUUUCUAUCUGUGUCAUGCUGAUUGGCUCUCUCAUGUACGCCAGCAUCUUUGGGAACGUCUCUGCCAUCAUUCAGAGGUUGUACUCGGGGACCGCUCGCUACCACGCACAAAUGUUACGGGUCAAAGAGUUUAUCCGCUUCCAUCAGAUCCCCAACCCGCUGAGGCAGAGGCUGGAGGAGUACUUCCAGCACUCGUGGGCGUACACCAACGGCAUUGACAUGAACACGGUAAAUAAUCGGCACGGGAAUCGAUCACACGUGCCGCCUCAGCCUAAAUGCCUUUUCUCCUUUUUUCCUCUUCAUGUCUGGACUCGAUGCCAAGAGCAGGAGGUGCUAAAAGGUUUCCCAGAGUGCCUGCAGGCAGAUAUCUGUCUCCACCUCAAUAAGAAUCUUCUUCACAACUGUAAAGUGUUCCAAGGAGCCACCAAAGGCUGCCUGAGGGCUUUGGCCAUGCACUUCAAGACCACUCACGCUCCUCCUGGAGACACUCUGGUCCACAGCGGCGAUGUGCUCACUGCCCUCUACUUCCUGUCCCGCGGCUCGAUUGAGAUCCUGAAGGACGACAUUGUGGUCGCCAUCUUGGGAAAAAGUGACAUCUUCGGUGAGAUGAUUCAUCUGUUUGCCAAACCGGGGAAGUCCAACGCUGACGUGCGGGCUCUGAGUUACUGUGACCUGAGCACCAUUCAGCGGGAGGAUCUUUUGGAGGUGUUGGACAUGUAUCCGGAGUUUGCGGACUACUUUUUUGCCAACCUGGAGCUGACCUUCAACCUGAGAGAUGAGUCUGUGAAGCCUCCGAGUCCUCAGGGCUGUGAUUCAGACGGUGAAGGCACAAAAAGCAUGAAAAGGAGAAUCUCCUUCACGCCGGAUGCGGACAAAUUGGAAAACAAUGAAGUCAGUAGCCACUUGGAAACGGAGUCCAACAUGUGCCUAAAAAGAUGUUCUGAAGUCCGAGCUCCCUCGACACCAAGCACCCCGGUGCUGGACUGUAAUCUUCUCAGACACAACCAGGUCACAGACGGCUUGAGGAGAAGUCCGUCCUUUCAAGAUCUGUGCUGUGAUAAAUGGGUGUGCAAGAAGCCCGCAGACGACACGGAUGAGUCAGCACACUUCCAGGAGCUGAGAGAAGAUGAUCAUUCUGCCAGCGAAAUCACCUACGGAGAGGUGGAACAGCGCUUAGGUCAGCUCCAGGAACAUUUAAGCAGGUUGGAAUCUCAGCUUAUGUCCGACAUUCACGCCAUCCUGCAGCUGCUGCAGAGGCAGCCGGCCUUAGGUCCUCCGGCUUACAGCACUGUGACCGCCAGCCCAAACUAUCACCCGGCCGCCGUCAAGAUCCAGCCUGUCGCCCUGACGACAAGCCAUCUUUUCAGCCGCACGGAAACUCAAGGUCCCAAGCAUCAAGUGAAGAAGGCCUUUCAGGAAUCCAAAGACUCUGUGCUGAGCUUGGCAGGUGUGAAGACGCCAGCGGGGGACAACCUUGCAGCGCUGCUUUUACAAAGACCACCACAACAGCAAGCGGAAAUGACCAAGGACCACCAGCCCACCUCCAUCCUGAUUGCAACAUCCUCGUCCUCCUCUUCCUCACCCCCGUCGGAAUCCAACCUCAACGCCACCGGACUCCACCCUGUCUCAGACCAGGAGCCCCAAAGGCCAUGAAGUUUUCAGCAUGUGUGGUGCUGGCUUUUCAUCAUCAGCAUGCUGCCACAGACUCCUAGCAUCUUCAUUUGCACUUGCCUGCCGGUAGAUGUCACCUUUCUCUUUUAUGCAACAUAGCAGUAUGUACUGUAUGUGUGGACAGUAUCACACAGUACCGUAUGUAGUAUUGCUUGAUGAUAGCAUGAUAGCAUCAACUCGUUAUGUUCACCAGCACUCGCUUCCUCGCCCUUCUCGUGAGAAUUUAGUAGGAUUUUGGACAUAAAAGUCAAAAGGCAUGCAAAUAAUACGGCCCCAUUCAGGGCUUUUACAAACACAGCACUUGGUCACACUGUCCUUCUAAAUUUACAUGUAGAAUUAAAGAAUGAGGCACGAUUGCUUGACUUCAUCUGCUAGCGGCAGCCGUCUUGAUGUAGAAGACACACACAGCCCAGACUGAAACCAUUUGGAAGCAGCCACACACCACUGAUACAUGGGGGGGCACUCACACCCCUGCGAGGGUUGGACCCCAGAAUAGGAUACAGAGUACAUUUAUCUAAGAGUCCUUAACUUUUUGCACCAAAUCCAACUAAAUUCUCCCAACACAUGAUCAGCGGGGCUGUCGUGAACAAUCCCAAGUCCACUUUGAUGAUGUAAUCAAGCGAUCCUGCAGGUCCAGGGUUGACAGCGCAUCGCUUCCUCCCCGUGUUUAUGCUCUCAGUACGCCAACCUUGGCAUGCUGACAGAUGACGUUGCUCUUCUGUUCAAGCCCAUUGGAGUAUUUUUGCACAUUUGAGUGUAAUACAGCAUUUACACUGAGGUAGAAGACCUGCUUGUCUUCUCUCAAGUGUGUGACUCAGGGGUUAUGGACACUUGCACUGCAGCUCACAGUAUGAAGAAUACUGUCAUGUUCCUCUUGAUACAACGUGCAUUAUUCCCAAGGUGGCUGCUGCGCACCUAUUCUAUUUCUAGUCCAAGCAUGUCUUUUCCAAUUCACGCAGGCAUUGUCACGUGUCUCUUUCAGUUACUUCUUGCACAUACACGCCCCAAAUGAGGGUCUUGUGCCUAUACGCUAAAUACAGUACCAACGCUAUGGCAAACUAUUCCAACAUAUCAAGAUACUUCCCAGCACACUUUUGGGUGGCAUUGUACGCUGAAACACUGCGAGAAACAAAUCGCCAGAUGUAUCUUUUCAACUCGAAAAUAUUUAUUUUUUUUACUGCUACUCUUGACUUCUUUUAGAAAGUAGAACAUGUUCCUUUUCAAACUGUGGGAUCAGCAAUAAAUGGAGACACU